AUGCUUAAAAGAGAUAGUCUAUCAAACCUGCACAGCAAAGAAAUUAGAAGGUUCUCUCAGAAAAGGGAAAAUUUCAAUUGUGAUUACUCAGAAUACUUGAACUUGUGUCUAGAAGAGUACAAGAACAACAUAUAUGACGUAGAUUUAAUAAACGAAAAUGAAGAAUGUAUGCGAGAGUUAAUAAAUUACUAUAAUUACCUGUAUAGGAAUUAUUAUGAAAAUGUUAUAAAUGUGUUUGAGAAUAAUAAUCAUAGUGAGAAGACAUAUGCAAAUGAAAAUUACACCGCAAAACUGGAUUUAUUAAACAAAAGACAUAUAGAAUCUUUGUACAACAUCAGCAUUUUAAGUAUUUCAGAUAAACUUAAAUAUUAUAUGCUGAGAGGGGAAACAAAAAAAAAUAAAGACACUACGAAUGAUGAAGAUAAAAUUGCUUUAGAUCAUGCAGAAAAAAAUAAUGAAAACAGAACACUUAAGAAAAACUUUUUUGUAAAUGAUACAGUUAAACAAAACGGGAACCUUAAUGAUCUUCCAAAUAAAAACACUUAUGCUGACAAGAACUCAAAAACAUACUCAAAUGAUGAUUUAUCUUCAAGUGAAAUGAAAAGAGAAGAAGAAUUCGAUAUAAUCAAAUAUUUAUUUUAUCUUAUGAGGUCAAUUGAACAUUCUAUAAGCUCAGAAAGCGGAAAUUUAUCAUCCUUUUAUAAUUCUCUUAAAGUAUAUUUCUUUAGGGAUAAUGUUAAUGAAAUUUUUUAUAAUAAUAUUUAUUUAUUAACCCUUUGUUUACAUUGUUUAGAAAAUAUAACAAGUAAUAUAGUAACAUUUGACAUUAGACAAAUGGAAGAUGAAGAACUAAACGCAGAGAUUGAAAAAAAUUGCUAUGCUUACACAAAUCCUGUAAAGACAAAUACCCUUCAAAGCAACGUGAAGAGAAAAUACUCGAUGUCUAAUUUUAGAAAACACUCUUCAACAAAUGAAAUGAAUAUAAAUUUUCACCAAAACAGUACAAUUCAGAACAAUACAAAUUACAUUAGAAGAACGACAAAGGAAUAUAAUUCUUUCAAAAUACACAACAAUAAUGUCUAUUUUUAUAAAAUCUUUUUUUAUCUUCUUAAUUUCUUAAAUUUUUACCUUGAAGAUAUGAUAAAAGACAGCUCCCUGUUGUAUUCUGACAUGAUGAAAAUGCAUGCAGACAGUAAUGUACGCAGAAAUAGAAAAGAAAAAAUGCUAACAUCAUCGAACACAUUAAGUGGAACCACAAAUAGUAAUGUAUCAUCUUUUAUAGAUAGCAAAGAAGAAUUGUUAUUUUUUGGAAAAAACAGAGUAACCUAUUGCAACAUCUUGCUCAAAUGUUUAAAUAUAAUUAACAAUUUAAUGAAUUUAAAUUCUCUGAGAGAAAAAAUUAUGAAUUCAAGCAAUGAUCUUAAUGAGUUAAAAAUAUUUUUAUCCAAAUAUUAUAAAUAUUUAAAUGAAUAUGAAGAUAUUGAAGUAUACAAAAAUUUCUAUAUUAGUUUAUACAAAACGUAUAUAUUUAUUUUCCCAGAAGAAUUAGAAAAAGAAAAUUACUUUUCCCCUAUGCUCCUUUUUGAAAAUAUUGUUAAUAAUGGAAAUUUAACUAGAAUGAGAACUAUUGUAGACACACUUAUAUUCUGUUUUAAUGAUAAAAAAUUUGUGUAUUUUUUUGAAGAAAAUAUCAAUAUAACAAAAGUCCUUUUCAUUUUUGUCACAUACUCGUCCAGACUAUUAACGAAUAAACAGUACGAACUAAUAACAAAUAUAUCAUUUCUUUUUUACAUUAUCUUAAUUAAAUUCCCAAAUGUAUCCAUAACCAUAUUUCAUAUUUUAAAUGAAAAUAAUGAUUAUAUUAUGAAAUACAAUGAAGACAAAAAAUUCAAUUCCAUUUUUAGCAACAUAAAUGAACAUAUAAAUAUGCUGUUCUUAUCAACUAUACAUAAAAAUAAAAAUUUGGCAACAGUAAUUUCUCUAAUUUUUUCAAAGUUGAUACAUCUUUAUUGUCAAUUCUGUGCAAAAAAAAAUAACUUUGACAAUGUCCAAAGUAAUACCAAUAAUAAUUUUGCCCCAUAUGGGACACACCUAAACACAAACCAUAGCAUGAGGAACUUAAAUAGUUCUUACAUUAAUGUAAAUGGAAAAAAUACGAAUGUAGCAACAGGAGUUGGCAAUUUAAUGAAAAAUGCAAAUGUAAAUAACCUGAAUUAUUCAUAUGCGUCGAAUAACGAACAGGAGGGAAGUAAAUUACAGAAAGAGAUAUUCUGUAGAAUAUUUGAUAAUAUAAAAACAAAUGAAAGGAACACGGUUAUUAAAGCUAUAUUAAUUAACCUGCAUAUAAUUCCAGAUGUAUAUUCUUCCAGUGCUCUUUUUACAUUAGAAGAAAAUAUUGAAAAAACGAGGUACAUAAUUGUCAUUAUUAACUUCCUAUUUACAUUAAUGAAAACAAAAUUUUAUGAAACGAUACAUGAAAACACCUUUGAAUAUAUAGAUUACUUCAUUGAGGAGCUAAAAAAAAGUGUGAACAUGAAAAAUAUAAAAUUAGUUUGUGGAUACAUUUCUCUUUUGUUAAAUUAUUCGUUAAAUAAAAAAACCAACAAUUUAAACGAAACAGCUGAUUUAAAGUCAAGUAUAUUUAUAAAAAAUAUUCAUUAUAACAAUCAGCCUAAUAUCAUUAAGAUACACAAGGCUUUGUACGAAUCAGGAGCAUUAACCUUUUUGAUAUCAUCUCUAUACGAAUCCAAAGAUUCUCUAAUAAUUUAUAAUUGCGUUUAUUCUAUAUCUUUUCUAUUGUAUAAAAAAUCCAUUUUAGAUUUUGAUAAGAAUAUUGAACUUUCAAAUAUGAAAAUAGCCAUUUUAAAUAUAGUUAGACAUUAUUACAAUUUAGACAGCUAUUUGGAAAAGUAUACAGAAAAUUUUAUUGAUUAUAAAGGUUUUUUAAAAGGAAGUUCCAAAAAAAAUUUAGCAUUACACGAAGAUGACAGUUACAACACAUUAUUAAAUAAAUUAAAUAAAAGAAAUUCAUAUGAAUAUGAUGACAUAAACAAAAAAUACUUUAACGAAGAGGAAAACAGGUUCUUGAUAAAUGAAAAGAAUGAUAAUUAUUUACCAAAUCACCUAAACUCCAAUUAUUCCACAAACCUAAGCAAAAAUAUUACAAGCAAUGAACAGUUAGGAAGUAAAAACAUGUUUCCCUCUUUAAAAUAUCAGUAUGCAAGCGCAAAUUACGAAAAUUCCUUUUUCCUCAAUUUCGACAAAAUAUUUUUUGAAACAAUAAAAAACAGAAAGAGCUCUUUUAAUUUUUAUUUUGAUAUAAUGUACAACACACAGUAUUUAUUUAAUUUUUUAUUACACAAUUUUCUGUUUUAUUCAAAAGACGCAGACGAAUAUUCCAAAAAGUAUUUAUUAAACAUUUUAUUGCACAAUAACAUAACGAGAUCAUCUGAUAUUAAUUUUUAUUCAAAUAAAAUAAAAAACCUAAAUUCGCAGCUUAAUGAAUCACAAUCAAGAUUAGAACUUUACAAACAAGACCUUGACAGAUAUAAAGAUGUCAUAAAUGUGCUAAAUAAAGAAAUAGAAGAGAAACAAAAUGCGCACAAUGCUUUAAUUCAAAAAAUUAGAAAGGAAAAUGAAUUGGAAAUUAAUAGAAAACUUCAAGAAAAUAACAACCUAGAGAAUAUUAUUUCUCAGAAGAAUGAUAUAAUAGAUGAAUUGCAAAGAAAAUAUGAAGAGGUUUAUCUACAAAAAAAAGAAGCAGAAGAAGAAAAUGUAAAUAUAAAAAACAGGACUGUUUCAAUGGAAUCUUUACUAAAAUCACUUCAAACAAAAUACACACAAAUACAGACACAAAAUAAAACAUUAAAUAAUAAAUUAAUAGAUCAGACGAAUAGAAUUAAUGAAGGAAUAAACGUUAUUAACUCUCUUACUCAUGAAAAUGAGAAACUGAAAACUAUAGAAGAAAAUCAAAAUAAUGAAUUGGAAGGAACAUUCAAGAAAUUGAUUGUUGUCGUUAAAGAACUAAGUGACAAGAAGAAAGAAUUAGAUGAAAAGGAUAAGAAUAUUAAAAAAUAUAGUAGUGACAUACAAGAACUAAAAAGCAUAAUAAAUAAAAGUGACAAUGACCUGAAGGAACAAGCAUUAAUAAUUGAAAAUUUCACAGGACUAAACAAAAACUUGGGCGAAGAAUUAAAUAAUGCCAACAAAAAUUUGGAAAUAUCAAAGAGAUAUAUUAUAAACUAUGAAAAAAAUGAGGAGGAAAUGAAAAGUAGAAUAAUAAAGCUAGAAAAGGAGUUAUAUGAAAAGAAUGAAGAAUGUGAAAUAAAAACUCAAAAACUAAUUCUCAAAGAAAAGGAAUUAUCCGACAAAGAGAUACAGCUUAAAAAAAUAGCAUCAGUCAUCAUUAAUUAG